AUGGUUUUACACGGUGUGCAUUCGAAGGCUCUGAAAAAUGGCGAUGCUGAGAUUCCACUUGAAGCUGGAAAAUUUCGAGUUUAUAAUAUGAGAUUUUGUCCAUGGGCUGAAAGAGCAAUGAUUUAUAUAUCAGUCAAGGGAAUUGAGUGAGUUUGAAUUAUUUUUCGAAAAUUUCGAACUGUGAUAAAGUCAGUUAUAAUUGUCAAAACUCCAUAAAAUUGAAAAUAUAUUUUAGCAGGAAAUCAUUGAUGUCGAUAAUAAUCUAGACAAAAAAAUUUCAAAUUAAGCUUUGAAAAUGAGUUGAUUCUGUUGAGCACGUUUCUGGGGCUCAUUCAUUUUUUCGUUCAAUAAUUCUUCAGUUUCUCCAAUAUUUCAGUGCUGAAGUUAUCAAUUUGAAUGUGACCGAUAAACCGCAAUGGUAUUUUUCAAAACAUUAUCAAGGAAAAGCUCCAGCCAUCGAAUAUAAUGGAAAAAUUGUGAUUGAAUCUGCAUAUAUUCCAGAAUAUCUUGACGAUAUUUUCCCAGAAUCUCGAAUUCUUCCAACUGAUCCAUAUGAAAAAGUUCAGCAAAAAUUGUUGACUGAAAGAUUGACUGCGGUAUUUUUUCUAUAUUAAAAAUCCAUUUGAAUGUGAAAAUUAUAGGUUGCAAUGUCUGUUCCUUCACUAUUUGCUGUAAUGCGCGACAAAUCUUUGAAGACUGAAAAAAAUCAAAAAGUUAUCGAAACUCUUGAGAUGGCUGAAUCUCUUCUUGCCAAUUCUGAUUUCUUCGCUGGAAAAUCAGCAGGAUAUCCGGAUUUCCUAACUUUUCCAUUUUUUGAGAAAAUGUGGUGGGCUACAAGAAUUGAAGGAGUCACCGAUUUACCGGAAAUCGGUUUUCCGGGAGUUGAAAAAUUCCCAAAAUUGACAAAAUGGUUUGAUUAUAUGAUUAAUUUGGAGGCUAUUCAAAAUGUUACUCAAUCGAUUGAACAUGGAAGUCAAUUUAUGAAUGCUUAUGCCACUCAUUCAAAACUUGAUUAUAAUCUUGGGCUUUAA